GCCUUCUUCCCCUCCCUUUCCGUCAAACACGUCGAAUGAUGGAGCAUGCUGAGGGUGAGCUCGACAACAAUGCACUUACUGCCGAGGCAAGGAAGCUGCUCGAGGAACUGGCAUCAACGACGCUCCCCGACGGCCGCCCCGGCAACGUGGGCAUCUCGUGGGACAAGAGCCGCAACAAGAUGGGCUACUGCGUGCGGCUCAAGUUCCUGCAGCAGAACAUCAUGGGCAAGGGCUGCCACAGACCCGCUGAGAGGUCCGUCGCUGGGCUAAGGCUGGCGCUCCAGAGUGCAAAGGAUGUGCGCGACAAGCUGGUGAGUGACUUGAGCGGUGCCCGGGCCGAGCUGAACGAGAUGAACGCCAUGCACCAGCAGAUGCUUCUGGACCAAGUCAAGGAACGACCAGGUGAGGAGGAAGUCAAAACAGGGGGAGGGGACAAAACGACGUGCAUUCAGCAUCUACGGCUCUGUUUCUACCUUGUGUGUGCGGUUGCUGGCAGAUGCCUUGACGGAUGCCCAAGUCCGCACAGCCGCCCAGCUUCUGAUGAACCGACACCGCGCCAACACGCCUGCCACUCGUCCUGCCCUCAACAGUCGCGAGGACGGCGAGCGGCGGCUCAAGCAGGGCUGCGGAAUCGCAUGGCGCAACGACAAGCUGGCCUUCGAAGUGAAAAUCUGGCGCGACGGCGGCUACCUCCCCAGGCGAGCCUUUGCGGUCAAGCGCAACACCGUCGCGGACCUAAGGGAGGCCUUUGCCAUGGCCAAGGCGGCGGCUGAGCACAUGAUGGAGGAGCACAUGGAGAGGGAGGUCGUCGUGCAGCCCACCCUCCUGCAGGCGGCCAUGGGGCAGCAGCAGCAGGCUGUGCCAGCGAUCGUGGACCACCCCCCACUUGCCAUCACCGAUGCCCAGCCCUCGCCCGCCGCCAUCAAGGCCGUCAAGGACGAGAAGAUUGACGGCUCAUCUGACCCACAGGACGGCAGCGUGGCCCUCGACAAGUGCGCAGAGGCGGCGCGGAAGCGCCUGAGCGAUCGGAGCGUGGGUGACUUCAUGGUGGCGGAGCAAUUGCGGUGGAACUGUGACUCUCGUGAGUACGAGGUGGUAGAGUGUGUGUACCGCAGGCACAACUGGCGUUCGACGCCCUUCUCCGCCAAGUGGGCCAGUGUGGGUGCGAGGGUGCCGGAGGGGGAGGGGGGGCUGAUGCUGAUGGAGGGAGUGGUGGAUGAGGCCCUGAACAAGGCUGCCAAGGCCGUGCUGCUGAGAGCGCUGAGGCGGAGGAAUAAAGACAGGGCCAAGCGGAAGGACAAGGCAGUGUAGGUGGGGGGAUGGACUAGGCCGAAGCUGCCUGAUAGCUAAUGUCACUGGUAUUUCAUUAUACACUAUGUGUUUGUUGGGGGGGGGGGGGGGGGGGGGGG